UGCUCGAUCAGAUUGAAGUUGGCAUUUCUGGUUUCGCUGAUUAAUACGUUGUUUCUAAGAACAUUAUGAAUCUUGUCGUAGUGUUUGCCCUUCUGGGUCAAAUCCUUUUGUCCCAAGGACAUUAUGCCCCCUACCCACCUUCGUAUUAUCGAACCGGAUUCCAACCCGGCUCCACUGGGGUUUUCCCUUCUCCUUCCACUGUAAACAUCCCACAAGGCACUUUGGUCCGCUACCCUGCAGGCGCAAAUGUAGUCUAUAACGCCCCCACCAGGAUCACGUAUCCUCAAGAAACAAGAUGUUACUACCCCUCUGGUCCAGCCACGUAUCCUUCCAACACGACUGUGUCGUAUCCAGCUGGGGCCGGGGCCGUCUAUCCUCCGGGGACCGAGUUGAUUAUGUUGGAUAACACGACAAACUCGUACCAGCCAAUCAAUAACAGUCCUUAUGGAAUAGUAAAUUAUCCAACAGCAACAAAUUGCACCUAUUACAACAACCCCGGACCUCCAGCAUAUUAUCCAAGUGGAACUCCAGUCAGCACAUAUUAUGUGCCAGGGGGAAGCACGCAAUACGGACCGUCUCCACCCCCCGUGGGAUUCACUCAGUAUUUCUACAACCCCUACAACCAACCCCAGUACAGGACAGUGGUUGCAUACAAUGGAGGCACUGGCUACCCAAUGUGGCAAACAGGUCCCUACUAUGGUCCAUUCCCAGGAUAAAAAGUGGACGCCACCAACUCCCCCAGCAAAAGAAAUUUGAUGAAUGAAUAAUUUUGAUGUGUUAAUUGAACACUUGCAUAAAUUUUUAAAAUUCGACAAUGACAAAAUUAUUAAAAUUAAGAAAUUGCUAAAUAAAUUUGACCUAUGACUUAAAGUCAUCAAGUAAUUAUCA